AUGAACAAUGAACUGGAUGCCUUAGAACACAAUGACACAUGGGAAGUUACUUCUCUUCCUGCCCACAAAACAGCCAUAGGCUCUAAAUGGUUGUACAGGACUAAAUUCUACCCUGAUGGUACCAUUGAGAGGUACAAAGCUAGAUUGGUAAUUCUUGGUUGCAAACAACAAUAUGGUGUUGAUUAUUUAGAGACCUUUGCCCCUGUUGCCAAAAUGACAACAGUGAGAACCUUACUAGCAGUAGCAGCAAUGCAACACUGGCACACAGUACAAAUGGAUGUGAGUAAUGCCUUUUUACAUGGGGAAUUAUCUGAAACAGUCUAUAUGACUCUUCCUAAAGGCUAUACCACCUUUGGCAGCAGGAUAAACCCUGAUACACUUCCCUUCAACAAGCCUACUUCCCAAAACACACAAGUGUGCAAGCUAAAAAAGGCUCUUUAUGGCCUCAAGCAAGCUCCAAGGCAAUGGUUCUCUAAACUCUCUCACACUCUCUUACAACUUGGGUUCCACCAGUCCAAAGCUGAUUACAGCCUCUUUCUUAACCAUUCUCACACUCACAUCACAUUGAUUCUCAUCUAUGUUGAUGACUUGCUCCUCUGUGGGUCAUCUCUCCCUCAUCUCACUGAAAUUCAAAACCUCCUCUCACAAACCUUCAAAAUGAAAGACCUUGGCCCUGUUAGCUACUUUCUUGGCUUGGAAAUACAUAGGUCUGCUGCUGGAUUUUUCCUCUCUCAGCAUAAAUACUGCACUGACAUCCUUAAGGAACAUGGCCUACUUCAUUGUAAACCUCUCCAACUUCCCCUGGAUUCUCAUCUCAAACUUACAGCAGACAAGGGGAAUGCUCUUCCUAAUCCUACACCUUAUCAGAGGCUGCUAGGGAAAUUGAUUUACCUAACAAUCACUAGGCCUGACAUCUGCUUCACAGUGCAACUUUUAGCUCAAUUCAUGCAACACCCUACUACAGUUCACAUGCAGGCAGCCAAGAGAUUGUUAAGAUACAUAGAUGGCAACCCCAGGCAAGGUAUUCUCUUAGCCACAUCUACUGCUGCAGAGCUAAAGGCUUAUUGUGACAGUGAUUGGGCUAGUUGUCCAAUCACUAGGAGGUCAACCACUGGCUACUACAUCUUCUUUGGGAUCUCUCCAGUCUCUUGGAAGACCAAGAAACAGACUGUGGUAGCAAGAUCUUCUGCUGAGGCUGAAUAUAGGGCUAUGCCCUCACAACAUGUGAAGUCACUUGGCUUUCAGCUCUUCUCAAGGAUCUAG